UGAAAGAGGUAGGGAUCGUAGAGAUAUAUACACACAAGAUGAGAGCUGUGUACUUUGUUGUUAGCCUCUUGGCAUUUGCUUCUUCUCUUGCGCUUGCAUAUGACCCAAGUCCUCUUCAAGAUUUCUGCGUCGCACUCAAAGACACAGCCACUCCAGGAGUUUUUGUGAAUGGGAAAUUCUGCAAGGACCCAAAGGCUGUGAAAGCUGAGGACUUCCUCUUUUCUGGGCUGGACAAAGCCGGAGACACGUCGAAUCCUAAUGGCUCAAACGUUACUGCAGUAGAUGUAAACAUGCUGUAUGGACUAAACACUCUCGGAAUCUCUCUUGCUCGCAUUGACUUUGCGCCAAAGGGAUUGAACCCUCCUCACACUCAUCCACGUGGCACCGAGAUCCUUGUAGUGAUCGAAGGAGCUCUUCUAGUAGGAUUUGUGACGUCUAAUCAAGAUGGGAAUCGAUUAUUCACCAAAAUGCUUAACAAAGGAGAUGUGUUUGUGUUUCCAAUUGGUCUCAUUCACUUCCAACAGAAUGUGGGUUAUGGCAAUGCUGUUGCCAUUGCAGGUCUCAGUAGCCAAAAUGCUGGAGUGAUCACUAUUGCAGAUGCUGUGUUUGGCUCUGAUCCACCCAUCUCUUCUCAAGUUUUGCAAAAGGCUUUCCAAGUGGACCAGAAAAUAAUUGACUACCUUCAGAAGCCAUUUCGUGGUUAAUCAAUGAUGCCUACUACAAAAAUAAUUGAGCGCUUUAUAGAUUAUUAUUAUAUUAUUAAAUAAAUAAAAAAAUUGUAUGGAUAUAUUCCGAGAUGUUUUAUUUGGUUUUCUUUUUUGACGUGGUACUUAUUUAAUUUGUAUUGAAUUUGAUGUAGCAUAGCUUGCAUCAAUACCUCUGUUUGAGAUUCACUAUAAUCGAAUAUUCUAUAUAUAAUUAUA